AUGGCAGCUCAAGUCGCAGCCGGAGACGAGAUUAUAGUAGUAACUGGUGCCGCAGGAUUUUUAGGCGCUAAAGUGGUGGAGCUACUAAAUACAAAGGGUCCGAAUAUAAUGGAGAUUAGAGGAUUUGAUAUCUGCCCUCAAAAGCCACCUUGCUUUCUUCCGAGUUAUGAUCCGUAUGGCAAAGUCAUGCUCAGAUACAGCCAAGGGGAUGUUCGCAAUUAUGAAGAGGUAGGUUGCUAAACUAGUUUGUAGUUGUGUGUGUGCAAAUUAUAUUGAAUGCAUACAGUGCUACUUUUUUGUUGAUCAUAUUCUCGGUGGCUGAGACCAACUCCUCUGGCUGCGGAGAUUAGGUUGGGGGGAGGGGGCCGGGGAGCAUUUAACAGCCACAACCCCCUUGGAAGAGGUUAGUUGAAUGUACCCUUUAAGAAAAAAAAGAUGAAAAGUACCGUGACAUCCCCCCGCCUCAGAAAUAGCCCAUUUUUUUCUCAUACCCCUCAGAAAUAUUGCAAACAUCAAAGGUGCCGACACAGCCACACCCCUCCAAGAAUGUUCUCCCAGGAGGUGGAUGGAGACCUUUCUGAAACGGACACCUAAUGUCAGUCCCUGCCACUUUGACCCUAUAAGGAGGACGCUUCUUUAAAUAUUUACAAGCUUUGAGCACUGGUUGAUCCCACAAAUGUCUGCCUUUGAGAAAGUGUGAUUCAGUUGCUAUCAUUUAUGGUGAUUUUAUUACAGUUUUAUGAAGCUUCAAGUUGUGUAUAACAAAUUGAAGUUUUAAUUCACUUAAGUUAUCACCCAACAAUAAAUUUUUGGAUUUUCUAGGAGAAAAUUGUUGGUACCACACAUGUAGACCACUCAUUGCCAACCUUCAUGCUCUUUUUAAAGGUUUCUGGUCCAAAAAGACACCCUGUUCAGAUAGUGAAAUUUUAUACCCUGUUUAGGACUCAAGACCCUGAAAACCAUACCCUAUUCAGCGACACAUGCCUGUAUAGGCCAAGUUAUUAAGGAAAUGCACUUUACUGGGGAGUUUUGUUCUUAUCAGCAACGAUCUUGAAGCUUUUUUUUUAUUUGAACUAUUUUAUUUAUUAUUUAGUUAGUUAUUUAUUCUAUAUUCAUCCCUUUUUUGUGUGAGAGCUUUGAAGGAGAUUGAAGGGGAUGAUUGUAAGUAGAAGCAGAACUAGGAGUAGAAAUGACCAGAGGUUUCAUUAAAAGCCAGUUGGCAGCAGUUUUCCACCACCUGUAAUGCCUCUCAUCGCUGUCUGUUCAGUUCAUUGUAUUUGUAAGAUCUAAGAUUUCUAGAAAUAAAUAAGUAAAAUGAAGACAGAAAGAGAGAAAGAAAGAAAGAAAGAAAUGAACUACAAUGAAGAAAUACAUACAGUUAAAGACCAUGUUUUCUAGUUAUCCUAGAAUAAGUCAGAAUGCUUACACAGGUGACAUGUACGUUAUUGAAACCCCUGAAUGACCAGUGAUGUGAAAUUACUCUUUCUCCUUUUUUAGGUCAAAGCUGUCUGCAAAGGCGCAACUGUUGUCAUUCAUACAGCGGCCUUAAUAGAAGUCAGUCCUACUUCAGAGACAGGAAUGUGGGCUGUUAAUGUGAAAGGCACUGAGAACAUAAUCAAGGCCUGUAUAGAAUGCAACGUUGCUAAACUUGUCUACUCAAGUACUGCAGACGUUCUAUUGGGUUGGUCAGAAAACUACAAUUUAAACGAAUCAACACCAGCACCUGGGGAUAAAGUCUCUGAUUACCUUUUCGGCCAAUAUGCGUUCACCAAGAUGCAAGCGGAGAAAAGAGUCCUGAGUGCAAACGGAAGUAAGCUUGCUAAUGGUGGCAGGCUUGUAACAUGUUCAUUACGAAUGCUUGUAAUGUAUGGGGAGAGAGAUACAGUGUUUAUUCCCAAUGUAAUUAAUUCUGCUAAGAGUCAGUUAGGUUAUUUACCAAGAAUGGGGAAUAGAGAUGCCAUUUUUAACCUAUGUUAUGUUGGUAAUGCAGCCUGGGCCCAUGUGCUUGCAACAGAGGUAAUGCAUUCAAAACCAAAUGUGAUUGCUGGCAAGGCAUUCUGCAUUGGAGACCACACCCCCAACAAGAACUUUUUUGACUUUUUAGAACCUUACCUAGAAGCUACAGGCUGCACUCUUUUGAAUAUUUCCAUUCCCUAUUCCAUCAUCGUCUUCUUUGCUUUUAUUUUGGAAUUGGUAGCAUGGAUUUUAAGGCCAUUUGGAAAGAUUUCUGUUUCAUUUACAAGAUCCUCUAUUUAUUGUGUGUGCAAGGGCAUGACAAUCAAUUGGAACAAAGCUAAAAAAGAACUUGGUUAUGCACCAAUCUAUUCUUAUGAAGAAUCUAAAAACAACACAGUCCGAUACCUUGUAAAAAGAUUUGUUGCUUGA